CAAAUAAAAAUGUGUGACAAGGAAAUUGGUUUGAGUGAAAUUUUUUGUUGGUUUUCAGAUCCUUUUGAAGUUGUCUUGUGAUCAUCUUUGACACCAAGCAAGAAGAGUGAAAUGGCAGCUUCUAGGGCUCAACCAGCAUUUUGUAGAGGUCCACAUACACUCACUGUUCCAGCAGAAUUAUUUCAGGAGAACAGACAAAGGUUAUGUGAAAGGUUAAAGGGUAAAGUUCCAACUGGUGCCAUUGUAUUGUUGCAGGGUGGAGAGUCGCAGACUAGAUAUUGUUCCGACCAUGAACCUAUAUUUAGACAGGAGUCCUACUUCCAAUGGGCUUUUGGAGUAGAAGAACCUGAUUUUUAUGGUGCCAUUGAGGUAGAUACAGGAAAUGCAAUAUUGUUUCCUCCCAAACUUCCAGAUGCUUAUGCUGUCUGGAUGGGAAAGUUACUUUCAUGUGAAGACUUUAAAGAGAGAUAUGGUGUAAAUGAAGCUCAUUGGUCAUCAGAUAUCCCUUCAGUAUUGAAAGAAAGAAACCCAGCAGUCCUGUUAACAUUGAAAGGACUGAACACAGACAGUGGUAACUAUAGCAGAGAAGCAGCAUUUGAUGGAAUCAGUCAAUUUAAAGUAGAUAAUACAAUUCUUCAUCCACAGAUCAGCGAAUGUAGAGUUUUCAAGUCAGACAAAGAAUUAGAUGCUUUGAGAUAUUCCAAUAAGAUUAGCAGUGAUGCUCAUAAAGAGAUAAUGAAAUCAAUCCGACCAGGAGUGUACGAAUACCAGAUGGAAAGUUUAUUCAAGCAUUACUGUUAUUUUACGGGUGGAAUGCGAGGUGAAGCUUACACUUGUAUUUGUGGAACUGGAGACAAUGGUUCUGUAUUACAUUAUGGCCAUGCAGGUGCCCCAAAUAGUAAACUGGUGCAGGAUGGUGAUAUGUGUUUAUUUGAUAUGGGCUGUGAGUAUUAUUGCUACACAUCAGAUAUCACAUGUUCCUUCCCAGCCAAUGGAAAGUUUACAGAGAGGCAAAAAGGAAUAUAUGAAGCUGUGUAUAAAUCUAGUAGGGCAGUAAUGGCAGCUGUUAAACCAGGUGUUUGUUGGGUUGACAUGCACUUGCUGGCAGAUAGAACACACCUAGAGGAAUUGAAGAGACUUGGUCUGGUUACAGGAGAUGUUGAUGAGAUGAUGAAAGUCAGACUUGGGGCUGUGUUCAUGCCACAUGGUCUGGGUCAUUUUAUGGGACUAGAUACACAUGAUGUGGGAGGAUACCCAGAGGGCACUGAGAGAAGCAAAGAAGCAGGAUUGAAAUCCCUGAGAACAGUAAGAACUCUACAACAAAGAAUGGUUCUCACCAUUGAACCUGGAAUAUAUUUUAUUGAUGUGUUAUUGGAUGCAGCUUUGAAUAACCCUGAACAAGCCAAGUUUUUAGUACGUGAAAAGAUUGACAGCCAUCGAGGCUUUGGAGGGGUCAGAAUAGAAGAUGAUAUAGCCAUAACUGAGAAUGGAAUGGAACUUAUGACAUGUGUUCCUAGAACUGUGGAAGAGAUCGAGAGAUUAAUGGAGGAGGGUAGGAAACAACCACCAAUACCUCUCCCACAGGACAUGAAAAAGUGAUUUACAAAGAACUUUAUAUACCAGACUGUCUCAAACAGACACUAAAUAAACAUGUCAAACAUGUAGUCCCUAGUCAGUUUUUUUAGGGGGUAUGGGUUGCUACACAUUUUAAAUGUAUAAUGACUAAUAUAAAAUAAAUUAUAACCAACAGUAUUGACCAAAUAACUAGGAAAUCAUGUUUACAUUCAUGUUUUUUCCAUUGUUAAUUAACUGUUUGUAAUAUCAAGACCAAAAUAAUACAAUCUUUGUUCAGUCAUUGAAAAUCAGUAAGUUAACAUUCCAAAAUUAGGGUAUUAUUUUGAUAAAUGCUAGUUGAUAGAA